AUGUUGCUAUUGCUACUGUCGAUCUCUGUUGUGGCUGGUGAGGUGCUCGACCAGGUGCUGUAUCCACCCCAAUAUACCACACAACGCAUUGUGGGCGGCGAGGAUGCACCCGAGGGCAUGGCUCCUUAUCAAAUCUCGCUGCAGGGCAGGAAUGGACAGCACUCCUGCGGAGGAGCCAUCAUUGAUGAACGUUGGAUUCUCACGGCGGCACACUGCAUCCAUGGCAAGUCACCGGAGGUGUUUAGAGUACUCACGGGCACCCAGGAUCUGCAGCAGAACGUGUCCAAAUACUAUUAUCUGGACAGAAUUGUCGAGCAUUGCAAUUAUGAGCCUCGCAAGUAUCGCAAUGAUAUUGCCCUGCUUCAUCUGAAUGAAUCGAUUGUGUUUGACAAUGCCACACAGCGUGUGGAACUCGAUCAUGAGCCUUUGGUCGCUGGCGACUGGUUGCUCCUCACCGGCUGGGGCACCUUAUCCUUAGGUGGAGAAGUUCCCGCCAAACUGCAACGCCUGGAGGUGGAAUAUGUUCCCUUUGAGCAGUGCCGAGAGGCGCAUGGCAACAGCACCAAUGUGGACAUCGGUCACGUCUGCACCUACAACGACAAGGGACGUGGAGCCUGUCACGGCGACUCUGGCGGCCCAUUGGUGCACAAUGGCAAGCUGGUGGCCCUGGUCAACUGGGGCAUGCCCUGUGCCAGAGGAAAACCCGAUGCCAGCGCCAGCAUCGCCUACUAUCAUGACUUUAUUCGCACUCACCUCAGCUUAAGUGAGGCGGAAGCUGAAGAAGAGGCUGAGGCUGAGACCAGGGAUAAGGCCAACAACCACUCCCAUUGCAACUGAAUCUCAAAGGUCACUUUAAACUAAAUCAAAGUUAAAUAAACUUUCACAAAAUA